CUCACUCGCGCCCCUUACCUCUCAUCAGCACCAUUGUACUCCAGUCUUGUACUGGUAACCACUCAACACACUUCUCCACGCUUCACUCCAGGUUUUCUCCCCACUCCAAACCCUAUACUCGCUCCACACAUCAUUUCAAACUACCCUCCAGGUCAUGCUUCCACUCCACAACCUGUACCCGCUCCACACACACACAGAAGUGAGGCCGAAGUACCUACUUGCCUUCUGCGGAUUGCCUUAUCUGCUCUUAAACUUAGUGGUGAAAAAACACAUGAAAUACGUAAAGUGCCUUAGAAAAACGUUUUGAAGAAAUUGCAACGAAGGAAGAGCUAUGAUAAAAGCGUGUGUGUAAAUAUGUGUUGUGUGUGUGUUGAGCCGCAGUAUCUGCCCUGGUUUCCCAUGACAGAGGAAAUGACGUUAGGAACAAUGGAAAAGCCUCCUCGCAGCACGCUGAGAUGGUAGCGGCGUUAAGGGCGGCAUGACAGGUGGUGUGCAGGAGGUGGAGGAUCUGAUCCACCUGGCGGGACCACUCACCGAGGAUGCUGUACUCAAGACUCUACACGCGCGCUUCUGCUCCAACCACUACUUUACCAACGUCGGCCCAAUCUUGCUGUCGGUGAACCAGUACCACGAGGUGGGCAACGCCCUCACCCUCACGUCGACCAGAGCGGCGGCGCAGAGUCCUCACCUCCUUCGGGUAGUCCACGAGGCUGUCCGUCAGCAGAGCGAGACAGGCUACCCCCAGGCCAUCAUACUCUCAGGUGCUUCCGGGUCUGGCAAGACCUACACGUCGAUGCUGCUGCUGCGGCAGCUCUUCGACGUGGCUGGCGGCGGGCCGGAGACCGAUGCCUUCAAGCACUUGGCUGCAGCCUUCACGGUACUCCGCUCGCUCGGCUCCGCCAAGACCAGGUCCAACUCGGAAUCUAGUCGUAUUGGUCAUUUCAUAGAGGUUCAAGUAACAGACGGGGCUUUAUAUAGGACCAAGAUUCACUGUUACUUCCUGGACCAGACGCGGGUGGUGCGGCCGCUACCAGAUGAGAAGAAUUAUCACAUAUUCUACCAGAUGCUCGCUGGACUCACACAGGAGGAGCGAGGUAAGCUGCAUCUGGAGGGUCACAGCGUGCGUACACUGAGGUACCUGAGUGAAGGAGAUGUCCGUCAAGACGAGACUGAAGACGCGCGCAGGUUCGAGGCGUGGAAGACGUGUCUGGGCGUGCUAGGGAUCCCCUUCCUGGACGUGGUGAGAGUCCUAGCUGCCGUCCUCCUGCUGGGUAACGUCACCUUCAUCGAAGGCCAGGGACUAGAGGUUGACAUUCAGGGCGGCAGCCACGAACUCAAGAGCGUAUCGGCGCUGUUGGGGGUGUCUUCUGCGUCGCUCUACCGAGGUCUCACAACACGUACUCACAACGUCCGCGGCCAGCUCGUCAAGUCUAUGUGUGAUGCUAAUAUGUCCAACAUGACCCGAGACGCCCUGGCAAAGGCUCUCUACUGCCGCACCGUCGCUACCAUUGUUCGGCGUGCCAACUCACUCAAGCGACUUGGCUCUACCUCAGGCACCCUCUCCUCCGACAGCAAUGAGAGCGUCCACCACCAGGCGGAGGUGGCGUCCCAACACGCGUCCACGGUGGGCACCGCCGGCUCCAAGGCAUCAAAGUCAAUGAGCGUCCUUAAUAAUGCUGUCAAGCACGCCACGGACGGCUUCAUCGGCAUCCUUGAUAUGUUUGGAUUCGAGGAUCCCAAGCCAUCCCACCUGGAACACCUGUGUAUCAACCUGUGUGCUGAGACGAUGCAACACUUCUACAAUACACACAUCUUCAAGUCAUCAAUCGAGUCAUGUCGAGAGGAGGGCAUCACGUGUGAGGUUGAGGUUGAUUACGUAGACAACGUUCCGUGCAUCGACCUCAUCUCUUCGCUGCGUACUGGUCUUCUGAGUAUGUUGGACGUGGAGGGGUCGGUCAGAGGCACACCCGAGAGCUAUAUCCAGAAGGUGAAGAUCCAGCACAAAGGCAACAUGAGACUAUUUGAACCCAAGACCAACCACAUCAGGUCGUUUGGCAUCCACCACUUUGCAAACAGAGUUAUUUAUGAUGCUUCAGAUUUUCUUGACACCAACCGAGAUAUCAUUAGCGACGACCUGGUCUGCGUCUUCCACAAGCAGUCCUGUAACUUCGGCUUCGCGACGCACCUCUUCGGCUCCGAACUGAAGGCGCUCUUCUCUCAGGACCCCGUCCCGCGAGGGGUGUCAUUCCGCAUAAGUCCCACCUCACACACGGACCUACAAAACGGAGACGAGCCGGUGUCGACGCUGACUCAGGACUUUCACACUCGGCUGGACAACUUGUUACGGACCCUGGUACAUGCUAAGCCUCACUUUAUCCGCUGCCUCCGCUCAAACUGCUCAGAGAAGCCGGCCUUGUUCGACCGAGCCACGGUCAUUAAGCAGAUCCGAGCGCUUCAGGUGCUGGAGACGGUCAACUUGAUGGCUGGAGGUUACCCUCAUCGCAUGCGCUUUAAGACCUUCAACAUGCGCUACCGGUUGCUGGUGCCCUUCAAGAAACUGAGGCGAGUGGAGGACAAGACUGUGGACGACUGUAAGCUCAUCCUCGAGUACUUUGUGAGAUCACUGGAGGACAUAAACAAGUCCUCCACAGUGGCCAUCCAGUGGGCUCUUGGGAAGCGACAUAUAUUUCUCAGCGAGGGAGCGAGACAACAGCUGGAGAUGCUGAGGAUAGAGAUGAGACAGCGAGCCGCGACGCUCCUGCAGGCGGUGUGGCGAGGCUGGCACUUCAGACGCAGGUGGCCCACACUCAAGAGGAACCUGGAGCUGAGAGCUCGCUCACGUACCGUCCGCCCACGCCCGCAACCCAUCGCCGGCACGCCCCCGCCAGACGUCAUGGACCGCUGUGACCAGAAGACCAUCCAACAGACCUGUUCGCUGUUUGGUCUGGACCUGGAGCGUCCGCCACCGGUGCCGCCCAGUAGAUCCUACACCAUCAGCGGCAACCACAAGAUGGGGUACCCUCAGACGCGACUUAUGAAGAGGAACUUUCCUGAGGAAGGAGGAAGCGAGAUGGUGCUGCUGAAGGGAGAGUCGGUGGUGGUGGUGGGGGCGUCACCACGCCGAGGUCACCUGUUGGUUGAACAUCAAGGUCACUCCUUCCAUGUACCCUUCCAGUACAUGGAACUCAAGCCUUCAGUACAGCCGGGAGUCAACAUUUAAACGCCUGUAUAUUGGAAUCGCCAGAAAAUCAAGUUCCGCUUGAGCUUGCGACGAGCUGGGAACUAGAGAACCUCCUUCUGAACUGCGUCUACGCGAGACUGAGGUCACACAAGUGUGUGUGUGUACUCCUCUUCGAAGUUUGUAUUUACAAGUUGCAAGAGGCGAGAACUCGUAUCUCAGAAAGUGCCAUGAGUGGCGUGUAGCGCUUCGCACGCCUCAGACUGAGCCAUGUGUGGCGUGUAGCACUCCUACGUGCACGGUGGAUAACAGUACAGAUCACAUCCUAAAAACACUAGUGUGCCAAGUGAACUAAUCCUUCUUUUCACACAAGACUAAGACGUACAUAAUACAUGAAUACUUAAUUCAUAGCGUGGUGGCUGGAGCCCCAUUCUUAUAGAAUAAUAGAAACAAAGAGGACACCCCCAUUAUUAACUACCUCUGUGGAGGGCACCAAUCACCCUCUAUGGAAAACACAUUCUCCCCUUUAUGGAGCAAACUCCCUUCUAAUAGAGGACUUCUCCCUCCCUCUGCUGGAGGAAAAUUCCUGCUCCUCUUGUGUCCUCUGCCACUCCAUGUGCCUCUUAUCAGCAGAGCUUAACUGAAUAAGGAUUUGUCUAUGUACAUAUGUAUUUUUAUGUGCCAAUAUUGUUAGGUAAUUGUAUAAGUGUAUUGAUAUACCUCGUUACUUAUGUACGUCGUCGAAUACCGUAAAGUAAAUAUGUUACUACAUAAUUAAAGAUAUAAGAGACAGUAACAAUUGAAGAUAAGGCAUUUCGACCCCCUUUUAAGAUAAGUCUGUUUGGUGCUACAAGCUCUUAGAACCCCUUUGUGUUGUGUGCUCUCUCUCUGGCUUGUAAAUCUCUUUCCCCUCCCCAAGUCAUUUUUUGUCUUCCCCUUCCCUAUCCCCCUUUCAAUACCAUUAUCCCCUCUCCCCAACCAGAUCUAUCCUUCCCCCCCCCACAUACCCUUCCUUACCCACUCCUCGGUAAUAUCAUCGAAUUCACAGUAUUAUCCCCCUUGUGUUAUCUCUGUAUCAGACAUAAAUAACAACAUUCUUGUCUGUCUGUACUUUCUAAUCUGUGUCACUACGUCACCUUUGUAACCUCGUACCUUCACCUCUCCCAUUUUGGUCAUCCGUGUCAAAAUUAUUUUGAACACUGCAAUACUUGUCGCCUUUGUUUCAGAGAUCAUCUCACUACACCCACUUUAUUUUAGAUCGUGUUCAUCAUCCGUCAUCUCCUGAAACCUGCUUCUCUCCCAACCUUUCACUUUCCUUCCUUAGCGUCCUUAUUCCAUCCCAGCUUCCUGUUCCAC